AUGAAGGUGGCCAAACUAUCUCAGCCUUCAGUCCUUUCAACAUCUGACGGGGGCAACCUGGCUGACCUUGAUUUGCAGCGCCGUGUUCAGCUGUUGGAGGCCUCCGUUCGCGAGCAAUCUGAGACUGCUAUUAGACAGACCAGUCGCUAUCACGAAGCGCUUCGUGAGAGUGAGGCCUGGCGUCUGAAAUUCACUGAACUCCAGUCCGUCUUCCAGGCGAAACUGAAGAAGCGUGAUGAGACACACCAGAAUGAGAAAGAAGAUUUGGAGGGCAGACUUGGCGAGCUGGAGCAGACACUUGAGACGCGCAAUGAACAGAUAAAAGAGUUAACGAAGGCUGUAAAAUUCUUAAAAAAGCGAAUUACAAGGUCGCCAGAUGUGCUCCAGAGGAAAUCCAUUGUCAAGCCAGAGGCUGAGGCGGUUGAUAAAGAAGUCAAAAAUCAGGACGUGAUGGCCUCAUUCACUGAAGAGACAAGAAGUUCCCUUCGUGCAGACGUCGAGGCCAAGAUACUGCCUUUCCUGCAGAAGAAUGACAACGCUGCGCCAUUGAGUACUGCUCCUGAAGCGGCCCCAUUAACUCAGCAGAGGUCAGAGAUAGAGGGUCUUCAAGCCAAAUUGGCCCAUAAGGAAGCUGCAUUGAAAGACCUGAGACAGAAAAUGGAGGAGAUUGACGAGGAGAACAAAGUCCUCAAGGCAGAAUUAGUUCGUCGGAAGAAUCUUCGCGUGAUGACAGUGGAUCCCAACCUGGUGCGAGAGCUGAAUCACAAGGUGCGAAAACUGGAAGAAGAAAACUCACGUUUCAAAAAUGCCGCCGAGAAGCCCUAUGAAGAUACUCUCAGCCUCCUGAAGAUCGCCAGUGGGACGACUGUGAGUCGAGAAAAAACAGAGACCACCGACACAGAGGAAAAUCGGCUAUCCGGGUGGAGGUUAAGGAAGCGCCUGGAAGGUGAACUAAAGCAAACACAGGAUCGCUUCGACGCGAGCCAGAGAGAGAUCGAGAUCUUGCGAACGAAACUCGCAAGAGCUCAGCGUUGCCUGCAGGCAGCGGAGGAGUAA